AUGGCGACCCUCGCUGAACACCCGCUCCACUCCGCCUCUCCCAUGCCGACUAUGCCAGCUACUUACGACCAAGAACUUGACUCCUUUAUCAACUUCGACCAGCUCGCCUAUUCCUCCGCCGACGCCGCCCGACCCAAGGUCGCCUUGGCCAGCCAACCCUCGGUCGCAAGUACGGAUUUCACUAGUGAUGCCAGAAGUGCCAGCUUCGCUUCCAGUGGACAAUCGCCAAUCGCCUUCCAAGCCCCCAGCCAUCAUUACGAAGAACACCGCCAGCAGACUGGUCUGCCUCCCGGUGCCUUGUCCAUGACCUACAGCCAACAAGUACCUCAUCCUAUGGGUUUCAACGGAAACCAAGGCUACCCGGUGAAUGGUGAAAUAUACGCCCCUAUGAAGCGAGAGGAGGCUCCUUUCGAUUUUAGCGCCGCCCCGACCCGGAAUCCAUCCGAGAUGGACAUGGAGUCUGACGGCAUCAACUCCACUCCUUACUAUUUCUCGGCGAACCCUGGCAACAAGAGCCAAUACGUCGACCCCAACGCUCUCGGAGGCCAUGAGCUGGCUCAGCCUGGUCCAUCUACGCAGGUGGGUCGCAUGUACCCUGGUAUGCAUCAGCAGCAGGCUGCGAUGGCCAAGGCAGCCCAACAACAGAAGCACAAUGAGAUGGUCCGUCAUCAGAUGCAGCAGCGCCGCGUCGAGGAGGCUCCUACUCCCAUGCCCAUGCCCAUGCCCACCCGUGGUCCUCACAACCCCGACCCCAUCGUUGAGGAGCGCAUUUCUCGUCUCUUACAGCAGAUGCGCGCGAACGCCGUCGCUGCGGGCGAGGUGUCUCCCACCCCCUCUAAUCUUCCCCAGAUGGCCAAGGCCCGCAAGGACGAGGCCGACAUGGAUGAGGAUGAGCGUCUGUUGGCUAGUGAGGAGGGCAAGAAACUGAGCAGCAAGGAGCGCCGUCAACUACGCAACAAGGUGUCUGCUCGCGCCUUCCGUUCCCGCCGCAAGGAAUACAUCGGUCAACUUGAGAGUGAAGUUGCCGCUCGUACCAAUGAGGCUCACGAGGCUCGCCUUCAAAACCGUGCACUUUACGAGGAGAAUGCCCGCUUGAACGACCUGGCUCGCAUGCUUCUGGGAUCGCCUCACUUCGCCAACUUCCUGAACGAAAUGCCCGACAGCGUCCCACCCCAGGUCCAGGCUCACCAGCCACCCCCGCAGCCCCAGCAAGCACCCGCGCCCAAGGAGGCCAGUGCUCCCCGCCAGGAGUUCCAGAUGCAGCAACACACCCAACCCAACAUGGUCAUGGUCCCGAACCCUAACCAGGCUAUGGAUUCUUCUAUGCUGAACAGCGGUUGGAACUCUGGAAUUGACAUGAACUACGGCAACACCUCCGUUUUCGCUGUGCUUGAGGUUCCCGAGGGCCCUUCCUUUGACGCUGAGAUUCUGUCUGGCAAGUCUUCAUCGCUGGGUUCAUCCGAGUCUGCCAAGGACGAGGCACCUGUCUUCGACCACCCCGAGGGUGAGGUUACUCGGAAGUCUGACAUCGGUUUUGCCAAUCCUGACGUGGAGAUUGAUGAGUCUGACCCUGCUUAUGCUCUCUUUGUUGACUCUCCUGCUCCGUCUGCUACUUCUGAUGAUCAUAUUUUCAAUGGUCUCCAGUCCGAGAAGUCGACUUCCCACUACGAGCUUGUUGUGGACGCUGCUCAGGCCUCCGCCGUCGCCCAUGCCCGCUUCAAUACCCUCUGCUCUAGCAUGCAAGCUGCUUUUGACCGAGUGUCUCUUGUCACGUCCCACCUCCAGUGA